AUGCCAAGUGGGGGUGUCAAAGUUUAUGUCGGUAACCUACCGGACCGAGCCAGACCAGAGGACAUUAAAGAAUGUUUUUCGAAGUAUGGCAACGUAGUUAACAUGGAGCUGAAAGGAAACUAUGGAUUCAUUGAAUACGAAGAACGUCAGAUAUGUGAAGAAGCGAUUGCUUCUCUUGAUGGAACCGACUUUCAAGGAUCUCAUCUCCGUGUAGACAGCAACAACAGAGGAGAAACAAAGUCCACCGAUACAUGUUAUAAAUGUGGUUUAGUCGGUCACUGGGCACGAGAGUGUACUAGCAUCGGGCGUGAAUUUGUAUCUCGAAAACCUGGUAGAUACGACGAUCGUCGUUCCAAUGACAAUUAUGUUAAGGAACCAUAUAGUACAAGAGAAAACCGGGAUAAAUACAUUAGGGAAGAAAGGUAUCUUCCUCCACCUCCUCCUGAACGUGGUGGAUAUGAUCGUCCUUAUGAUCGCUAUGGAAGAGAACCUCCAGAAGUGGAAUACAGAAGAGAAUAUCGCGGCGCAUAUGAUAGACCGUAUGAGAGAGAAAGAGAUAGACCUUAUGAUCGAAAUUAUCCUGAUAGAGAAUAUGAGAGGUUUGGUAGAGAUAAUUAUGAUCGUAACUAUUAUGCACCUCCAAGAGAUGGUUAUGAUCGAGAUGGAUAUGAUAGAAGACCUUUACCUCCUCCUGACGUUCCUCAAUAUCCUCCCAGAGGUCGGCCCAGCUCUCCACCACCACCACGUAGAGGAAGCUAUGAAAGAGGAAUUAGGGAUCCGCCAAUCUCUUAUCGUGGUCGCUCACCAUUACCUUCCUCUCGUUAUCCUGAUCCAAUAAUGCCCCCACCUGGCGGCGUAUACAGAAGACGAUCCGUUAGUCCUAUAAGAGGCGGUAGAGCAACUAUUCCUUACCAAACACGAAGAUCACGACCGAAUACUCCAACACCACCUAGGCGCUGA